GAUUAGGUGAGCGUUAUGGGUUGCCAUCUCACACACCCUCUCCUAUAUAUUGUAGCAUUUUCCUGGCAUAGUCUCUAAGAUCAUCCAUCCAUCUUCUCAUAAGCUUUACUUAAUUAGCAAAUCCAAAUAUGGCACUUUCUUCUUCAUCAUCUUCAACAUCCAUAUUUGCUUUAGCUUUGUUCACUCUUUUGCUUAUAGGAAGUUCUUCAGCUCAACUCUCUGAGAACUUCUAUGAUAGUAAAUGUCCCAAGGUUUUCUAUGCCGUAAAAUCCGUUCUUCAAUCUGCUUUGGCUAAAGAACCUCGCCAGGGAGCAUCUAUCGUUCGCCUCUUCUUUCAUGACUGCUUUGUCAAUGGUUGUGAUGGAUCAGUACUACUUGAUGGCCCUUCCUCAGAGAAGACUGCACCUCCCAACAAUAACUCUUUGAGAGGUUAUGAAGUCAUUGAUGCCAUCAAGUCUAAGGUCGAGACAGUAUGCCCCGGAGUGGUGUCAUGUGCUGAUAUUGUAACCAUUGCUGCUCGUGACUCUGUUGCAAUCCUUGGAGGGCCAUAUUGGAAGGUUAAACUUGGUAGAAGGGAUUCCACGACUGGAUUUUUCAACCUUGCUAGCAGUGGUGUGCUCCCAGGACCUGGUUCUUCCCUCAGCGACCUUAUCAAAAGAUUUGAUGAUCAAGGGCUCUCUACCAAGGACAUGGUUGCAUUAUCUGGAGCACACACAAUUGGAAAGGCAAGAUGUGCAAGUUAUAGAGGUCGCAUAUACAAUGAAAACAACAUUGACAGUUUAUUUGCCAAGGCAAGGCAAAAGAACUGUCCAAAAGGUAGCAAUGGAACACCAAAGGACAACAAUGUAGCACCACUAGACUUCAAAACUCCUAACCAUUUUGACAACGAGUACUUCAAGAACCUCAUCAACAAAAAGGGUCUCCUUCAUUCUGAUCAAGAGCUCUUCAAUGGAGGAUCCACAGAUUCACUAGUGAGAGCUUACAGCAACAAUCAAAAGGCCUUUGAGGCUGACUUUGUCACUGCAAUGAUUAAGAUGGGAAACAUCAAACCCUUAACUGGGUCAAAUGGGCAGAUAAGGAAGCAAUGUAGGAGGCCCAAUUAGAAGAGACACAACAAAUAAAUUAUAUGAAUUGUGUGUUUGUGUGUUACAUAUACACCCUAAAAGUGGGGUAGUUCUUUUGUGAGUUGAUCUGUUAAGGUGUUUUCUUGUUCCUUCAAAAUUUGUAUUGUUAAGUUCAAUUUCAAUUUUACUAGAGUUAUUGUAAGGAAUUAAUUGUAAAGCAUGUUUUUCUUACAUGUAAUGUCAUUUUAAGGAUGUGUUGUUACGGUUACAACAAUUGUAACUGUUGCAAAAAACGUGAUAUAAUGAAAGUGGAAUAUUGUUUUCUUUUUAUAA